UCUCGACUCUUGCACAUGAUAUUCGCUUGUAUUUGUCCGUAAAUGCCUCAGAUGAUCCCAUUCGGUGCCCGACAUCCACAUGAAGCUGCUAUAAAAGCUGAGAACAAGCCGAAGAACCGCUUCCUUGCUCUAUAUGCUUAUGAUGAUUCGAGGGUUGUGCUGGUGGAUGGAGAAGAUUACAUUAAUGCCAAUUAUAUCAUGGGAUAUGAUGACACUCAAAAGUACAUAGCAACACAAGGACCCAGACCGACGACAAUCACGGACUUCUGGCAGAUGGUGUGGCAGGAGGACGUCACACAAAUAGUCAUGCUGACGAGGCUGAUGGAGGUGAACAAGAAAAAGUGUGAACAAUACUGGCCUGAUAUCAGCAAAACUAAAACUCACGGAGACUACAAAGUUACUAACAAAAAUGUGACAGCUAGGACUGACUACACGGUCUCAACGUUUCUGGUAGAAAAUUCGGGGGUCGAGAGAACUGUGACGCACUACCACUUCACAUCUUGGCCUGACCAUGGUGUUCCUUCUGCUCCUGCCCUCGUCAACUUCUGGAGACUGGUCAAACAGGGGGACAUGGACAGAGGACCAAUGGUGGUGCACUGCAGUGCUGGAGUUGGCCGCACAGGAGCGUUUCUGGCCCUGGACUACCUGAUGGAUGAAGCUAAGAGCAACCACGUCAACGUGUUCAUGUGUGUCAGCAAGAUGAGACAGAACAGGAUGAACAUGGUCCAGACAGUGAAACAGUACGAGUUUGUGCAUGACGUGGUCCUGGAGGCUCUCAAUAGUCGGGGCACAUACUACACUUUGUCUGAGUUUGACAAAACGUUUGACGUUGGCGAAACGUAUACAACACCCCAACUGGAUAUACUGAAAGAGCAGUUUGAAUUACUCCAAGAACAGACAUCUGACCUUGAAGAAGCUGUAACUUCAGAGGCACUGCUUCCAGAGAAUUCAUCCAAAAACAGAAACCAGCAAGUUCUGCCCGGAAACAUGUCCAGACCCUAUCUGUGUACUUCAGUUCCGGGUCGGAAUGAUUACAUCAAUGCAGUGUUUCUGCCGUCGACUCUCAGACCAUCGUCCAUGAUAGUCACCCAGACCCCACUGCCAAACACUGUGGUGGACUUCUGGAGACUGGUGUACGACCAUGACUGCUUCACAGUUGUCUGUCUGGAUGACUCUCAGGAGAUAGCUAAGCUCUACCCUAAAGACAACAACAUGCUACAAAUUGGACCAUUCAGUGUAAUACACGUGGAAACCGUUUCAAACGGAGCAUUCUUUACUGAGAGAAAGUUAACACUUGUUUAUGACAAGGAGGACACAGAGCAGUCUGUCACAGUGUUCUGUCUCCGGUCGACGUACAUGAUGGAGAGUAGUGCUUCACUCUUGGAGCUUAUCGACAUGGUGGAGAGAAUCAUCGGAUCUGAGGACCAUAAGAUCCUCAUCCACUGCUAUGACGGUGCUGGAGUGAGCGGCGUGUUCUGCAGUGCCCUGAACAUCAUCAGCAGACUGAGGCUGGACAGAGACGUGGACAUCUUCCUCACCAUCAGGGAACUGCAGCGUGUCAGACCACAGUUUAUGCAGUCCUUCAAUCAAUUCAAGCUGUGCUACGACGUAGUGAAGGAAUGCAACCGUGCUUCCAGCAUCUACACCAAUAUGUAAUGAAGAAACAACGCAAUAUCAUCUCUGAUAUUCCGAAUAGAUAGUGACUGAAUGAGCUAUGUUUAUUGUAGUAUCAUGUUUCUCUGACGAACAAUUUUCUUGCAUCAGUAGUUGACAUGUAGCCAAUUCUAGAAAUAUUUUUUUAACAAUGUAAUGCCACGAUUGAACAUAGAACAAUUGAUGUUGUGUGUGAAAUUGAGGCUGGAGGAAGGUGAAAUUCACAUCAAAGUCAACCAAAAUCGACACCGUCUUCAACAAUA